AUAAUACGGGAAACGAUUUGUGCCACCAAUGAAAGUCAUAAAUUAAGAUAGAAGAAAAAUCGAUUCCUGUAAAUAAUUUAGAAUAUAAUUAUUAUCAAUAUAAUGGCAAAUAGAACGGAAGUUAAUCAAAAAGUCAACCCAGUUAAAGUACCCUUAGAAACUGACCAAGGUAUUAUAGAAAGCGAAGAACGUAAAUGGGGAUUGCCAUUGAGAGAAGUUUAUAAACAUGGACUCUCUUUUUAUAAAGAUAAAGAAGGAAAGGCCAUUCACCUAAGCUACGAAGAUCGAUUGAAGUUGGUUGCAUAUACUCAACAAGCUGCACAUGGACCUUUAGAUUUAAACUCGGCACCACCUCUUGGAGUGCUUGAUGUUAUAGGGAGAGACAGAAGAUCAGCAUGGCAAGCUCUUGGUCAAAUGUCUCAAGUCCAAGCUAUAGCAGGAUUUAUACAUACUCUAGAUAGGUUAUGUCCUAUGUUUAAGCCAUUUUUAGAAGCAAUUCAAAAGGAUGUAGAAGAUAAAAAGCAGAGAGAAUUAAAAAAAAUAGAAGAAGAAAAAGCACACAUGGAAUUGCAAAAUAGAAUAAUGUUAGAAAAACAAAAACAAGAAAGUUCUAAAUUAUCGGAAGAACAGCAAGUGCAAAGAAUAAAAGAUGCUCUUAAUGCACAAACUUAUGACCAGUUUCUUCAGUAUGCACAACAGCAGUUUCCAGGCAACUUUGAUCAGCAAGCGAUACUUAUCAGACAAUUGCAAGAUCAACACUACCAACAGUAUAUACAGCAACUGGCAGUGGAUCAACGGCUUGCAAAUUCUAAUCUGAAUUAUAAAGAGGAGUCUGAUAAUGAUGAUCAAAUUGAAAAUGAGGAUCGCACAAAUGAAAACAUUUUGAAUGACUGUGAUGAAGGUCUUACAGAUAAUAAAUCAUUACAGACGUCUGAGAAGAAUGAAAUGGACUACAAUGAAGAAUCCCGAGAUGCAGAAGAGGAAGAUGAAGAAACUGAUGGUGACGGACUAGAGGAGGCCCGUAUGUGGACACGUGAAGAUAUAGUGCAGUUUAAAGAGUCAGCGCGAGCCGGAGGGGGAAUGCUCACUGUGGGGCACGGUGAGACCGUUACAAUCAGGGUGCCUACGCACCAGCGCGCACGUUGUAUAUGUUGGGAAUUUGCUACAGAUAACUUUGAUAUAGGUUUUGGACUUUUCUUUGAAUGGAGCAAAUCACCGACAUCAGAAGUGACCGUGCAUGUAGCUGAGAGUGAUGAUGAGGAUGAUGGGGAUGAAGAUACAAAUGAUGAAGAAUACACAAUUUAUGGUAGCAAUGAUCCAGAAGUAGGCAGCGAGAGGCGCAUACUCAACAGUCAUCGACCGAUGGUCAAUCUCGUCGUGCCAAUAUAUAGGCGAGAUUGUCAUAUGGAGGUAUAUGCUGGCUCUCAUACUUACCCUGGAGAGGGUGUAUAUUUAUUGAAAUUCGAUAAUACAUUCAGUCUGUGGCGAUCUAAAACUUUAUAUUAUAAAGUUUACUACACACAGUGAUUCAAUAUUGUUUUAUGUACUACAUACAGUAUUUUGUAUAAGAUAAUAAUUGAAUUGAUAAUUUUAAUUAAUUUUAUUUAAAACAAAAUAUAGUUUUUUUUAAAUUAUUCGGUGUAUGAUGAAAUAUAUUAAAAUUAUUUCAAUUCAAUCCUAAUAUUUUUUAGAUACAUGACAAAAUAUUAUAGAAGUAUCAAAUAUUUACUAAAUUAAUAUAAUUAAUAGUAUUUUGAAUGUAUUCGAUACAUAAGGCUAGCAUGUUUGGAUUGUGCAAUAACAUUUAUGAUCAAUCAAAAGCAGCUGUUAAAAGUAAUUGACACCCUAAAUAAAACAUACUGUGGUCUGUGGCAUACAUAUAUAUUAAAAAUGGAUUUGUGCCAAUAAUGCUUAUUAAAAUGUACUUAAUUACAAUAUUUUUUUAGGAAACAAGAAACCUGAUAAAUAUAUCUGCUGUUUAUUUAUAUAGUAAAACAAUCAAAAUUCUUUCUUAAUUGCAGGUUAUGUAAGCUGUAUUUAAGUUGUAAUUAACUUGUGUGCAUCAUUUAGUGUGUGUUUUAACUUAUAUAUGUAAUGAAAGUUACAUAAAAUUUAAUCUAUUUACAGAAUCCAAAUUAGCCCAAUCCAAUUAGUAUUGAAUAUGAUAACUGUGUAGAUAAAACAGAAAGCUUCAAAGAUUAAUUAUAAAAAUGUUUUAGCUUUUAAUAUUUUUAGUAUUAGAAACAGCAUUUAUAAUAUUAUUAUUUAUUGUUGUAUGAAAUAACUGUGAGUAAUAACAUUAUUUUAUAUUGGUACCUAUUA